GCCUGGAUCAGCUCCAUCCCACCUCGGGAACACCAACCAGGUGCAGCGGCUCCUUCCUCCUCCUCCUCCCGGAGCUCGGUGGCUCUGAGCGCGGUGCAGAGACGGAAGAAGCCGCAGUGUGGAGCUGGGAUGCGGGUGUUCUGAUGUGAGCGUUCCGCUGUGUCUCUGUGGGCCGGCCGGAUACCAGACUGCAGCCUCCUGCGGCCGCAGAGCUCCGUGUCCCUCCCGGAUCCCCAAAGCGCUGUCCGGAUGGCUGGACACCGCUGGGAGGACUGGUUCGAGCGGGAGGAGUUUAUCGGACAUAUCAGCGACAUCCGAGUGCAGAACCUGCAAGUGGAAAGAGAGGUGGUGCAGAAGAGAACCUUCACGCGAUGGAUGAACCUGCAUUUAGAGAAGUGUGACCCGCCGCUGCAGAUCCAGGAUCUGUUCCAGGACAUCCAGGAUGGAUACGUCCUCAUGGCUCUGCUCGAGGAGCUGUCCGGCUGCAAACUGCUCCACGGCUUCAAGAAGUCCGCCCAUCGGAUUUUCCGACUCAACAACAUCGCCAAGGUGCUGUCUUUCCUGGAGGAGAGAAAUGUGAAGCUGGUCAGCAUCGAUGCAGUCGACAUCGCUGAUGGAAACUCCUCCAUCAUCCUUGGACUCAUCUGGAAUAUCAUCCUCUUCUUCCAGAUCAAGGAGCUAACGGGAAACAUCCGGAGCCAGUUCCCCUCCUCGUCCAGCUUGUCAUCCAUCCCCACCAGCUCCGACUCCGACACGUCCUUCAGCAGCACGCCAUCAGAGGAGCGACAGUCUGCUGCCACCGCCAUGAGGGAGAACAGCAAGGCCAUAAAGAAGCUGCUGCAGUGGAUCCAGAGGAGAACCCGGAAGUACGGCGUGGCCGUGCAGGACUUUGGGAAAAGCUGGACCAGUGGUUUGGCCUUUCUGGCCGUCAUUAAGUCCAUCGACUCCAGCCUGGUGGACAUGAGGAAGGCCCUGCUGAGGACUCCCAGAGAGAACCUGGAGGACGCUUUCAGGAUAGCUCACUACAGCUUGGGAAUACCACAACUGCUGGAGCCUGAGGACGUGACUAUUAAUGCUCCGGAUGAGCAGUCCAUCAUCAUAUAUGUUUCCCAGUUCCUGGAGCAUUUUCCCGGCACACAAGAGUCCGAGGAACCCUCCCAGGUGAUUGAACGAAGCAUCUCCAUGGGCAGACUCAAUUUCCGUGACAUUGACUCAGAGCACAUGAGGAACGGAGCCCAUUGCGGCAGAGUGAAGCAGCGUUCCUACAUGUUCCAGAAGGACUCCACCCAACCUCCACCUAAACUCCUGAUCUCCUCAGUGUCGGAGGACAGAAGCGUUUUGGAGCCGCGUUUCAGGGUGGCUGCAGCUCGAUCAUGGUCAAGUGACGACAUUUUAUCAGACCCCCCCCAUGCCGAAGACGUCUCCAUCAGAGAGACUGGCAGCGACGUUCUGAAGGACUUUGGUUCCCCUCAGCAGUCCUUCACUCGCUCACCCUCAUCAGUACCAGAGUCGCUGAUUGGAGACUCUGCCAUCAACUCUCCAGACUCCUGGAUGGAGGGGGAACUGAAUCCGGACCGGUUCUGUGAGAGUCGCAGUGACAGCUCUUUAUGUGACAGUGGGACGGCCUGGGAUGUUUACCGGGCCACACCAGUGGAGGUAACGCCGUACGAUGAGGGCUUUAUCUCCUCCGUUGAGGACCGAGCUCCUGAUGAAUCCAUUAUUGAGACAUACAUUGAUGAAGGGAUGAGCUCUCUAGACAGAAUCAAUAUGGAGACUGAGAGAAACCAAGAAGAAUCGGAGAACACUGAGACUCUAAACCAUGAACCAAACUUGGCAGCUGAUGUUGAAGAAACCAAACUUAUGGGUGUGGAUGAAAUUCCAGUGCAACAGGACGCAGUUCCCAAAAUACAAGAACCUUUGGAUAGGGUGUGUGAAACAGGACUUGACCGGUUUGAGGCUGGAAAUCUUGAGAAAUCAGAUCAGUUGAAACAGUUUGAGCCUUUCUUUUCCACUGAACCACCUGAAGAGAUCCCUGUGGUUAAACAGGAUGGAGAAGAAAGUUACCAGGAUGGACAGUUUCCUCCUAAGCAGACGCCUCGGCAGGAAACUCCUGAGGAUGAAUUAGAGGAGCUGCAUGAUACGUCAAAGAGUUUUAAUGAAGGGAAUGACUCAGCUGUUGAAUGCCAAGCUAUUUUAAGGGACUUCUCACAGUGUGAGGAGACCAGCAGCUCAGAAAUAUCAAAUAAACAUUCAGUCAAACCAAGUCUGAACAUUCCUCUGAUCUCCAUUACCAGUGAGCCAGAGGAACCGGAAGAAGAGACAGAACCUUAUCCAGGAAUACUUGAUCAGGACGAAUAUGAAGAUCAGCAGAGAAACUCAGAGGUCCAGAGUUUGCAAGGUCCAGAUCCACCAACCAUUGUUUACAGUGAGGCUGAUGGACAAGAACCUCCAGAGAUCCCGUCCAGUUUGAUACCAGAGAACAAUAAACCAAUGACAGACCCAGAAAUUGAGUCUUUAAAUGAACCAGGUGACCAGGAUGGGACUCAUCCAGAAAGUGACUACAAUGAUAACAGGAAACAGGAGGAAGGGCUUCCUGGGAACCAUUCCCUAGAAGAUGGAUGUGACAACCAGCCUGAGAAUCCUAACAGAGGCAGGAAGUUUCCGUCUGAUGGACACCGGGACACACUGACUGAAAGGGAGAUGGAGGACAGCCCACAGAACCUCCUAGACUCAUUUGAUGGUUUCCAGAACGUUCUGGAUGCAGAUCCUCAGAAGCUGAAUGGUCAGAUAGGGACGCCGUGUUCUCCACCAGCAGAUUUACCCAGAAACUUAGAGCAGCUGUCGUCUCACUUCGACAGACGUUCUCCCAUAGAGGAGCUGGGCAGUGACCAGAUUGAACCCAUGGAUCUGUUCUACCCGGACAAAGAGGAGUCCGUUCUUCCAGAACUUCCUGACUCAGACAUGCAGAGGUGGCCUUCGGUUCUGAGCGUCUCUGCUCUCCAACCAGCGCCACCUUCGGACAGACCGGAGGACCUACAGGGGGACUUCCUGAGUGGAGGAGAGCAGGAUCGUACGCCUCCUGACUCGCCUCUAUCCCAGGAGCAGUGUGUGAUGUGUGGAGUGACGAUCGGCGCUCCGCAGGCCGCUGAUGUUUCAGAAGCAGACAGCAAAGCAGGCUUUCUGAGGUUGGACUCCAUCCACAUCCCUCCGGUGCUCCGACACAGAAAAGGAGGUCGCCUCUCAGACUCCACGGACAAACUGAGAGCUGUGCCGAGAAGAGCUGAAGCUGAAGACUCUGAUUUAUGGUGGAGGGAGAACUGGGAGCUGUGUGUGCUGCUGCUGCUGUGGCUGCUGCUCUACUCCUUCAUGGUUCUCCCACAGAUAGACCUGAAGACGCUGCCGAGCAUGCUGCUCAACCGAUAAACACACACACGCACACACACUUACUAAAACACACAUUAAACACUCUGACACUGAGUCAGAGCUGAGCUGCCGCCCUCCUCUUCACUGACGUCACUCCAGUUUAAAUGAAGGCUUUUUAUUCUUUCUUUCUGACUGAAUUCCUCUUGUUUUUGAUUUACUUUUGUAAAAACAUAUAUAUAUGGUGUUAUUUUAAGAGAAAAUUUUCUGCUUUUAUGUAAACAAUGAAGUCUACAAAUGUAAAUUUAUAGAUUCAUAAAGUUGGGAGAUUAGUUAAAGUUGCUGCUUUAAAUUUUAAUCACUCACGUAGAUCUAAUCAUCAGAGAGAGAAAAAAUUAUUUUAUGGAAAUUAUGAAAGGUUUCUGCGUAACUGCUGAGAAAACAUGCCGCCACAGGAACAUUUUGUAAAAAAACAAACAAAUAAAAAACCCAAAACAAACAAAAAAACAAUAAUUUAUCAAUAAAAUGUUCAUUUUCUGUUGUAAGAUAUAGAAAUUUAAACUUGAGUUAGUAAUUUUUUUCACUGUUAUAACCCCAUAAAAAUGAAUUAUUACAAAAUAAUUAUUUGGUUCAUUUUAGCCACAGUUGCUUUAUUUCUUUGUCUGAAAUGAGACUGAGAAAUUCAGUCCUAUUUUAUUAUUACGUCCGGACUGUUAUUCUAACUAUAAUGCUGCCUGAUGAUGUAAAAUAUUUGGUUUUGAAAUGCUCCUUUGCAGACAGGAGCAGAUUAACAGAAGUUUGGGUUUUUUCUCCUGUAUUCCACCUUGGAGCAUCAUUUAUUCUCCACUGGUUCUCCAACGCUCUGCACAGACUCAGUGACAUUUUGUCCAGCAGCUGAUCGAUCAUCUGGUUCACUCUGAAGGUCUACGUCUGCAUGCUAAUGUGCAGAAUCACAACGCUGUGAACCGUGAUAAGUUUCUGUUGCAUUUGCAGAAAAUUUAACUUUAAGAAAACAUAUAUAACUUUGAAGGCCUGUUUAAAGUUUUAGAAGGUUUUUGCAAAGCUUGAACCAGGAAAUAAAUCUGCAUUCAGACUGAAUCAAAGCCGGUGUGUAUCAGGAUGUAACACUCCAGAUCUCUGAUCUGUAAAUAAAACACAAUUACUGAAGAUGUAUGAAGACAGAGAAUGUUAAAAAUUGGUGAAAGUAGGCUGUGAUUUUUCACCCACAUCGGAACCAGUAAUGUAUUCCAGUUUGUCCGGAGAACAUUUUAAAGCUUCUUAGAGAUAUUCACACUCCUCGACAUUUUCCAUCUUUUGUCACAUUACAACACAACACAAACUUCAGUGUGUGCAACAUGGAUCAUGCAUAAUUGUGCAUUGGAAGUAAGAUUAGUUAGUUUUCAAAGGUUUUUACAGAAACCAUCUGAAAAUAUCAGCGUUAUCUGAGUUAAUAGUUUGCAGAACCUUUUUUCAUUGAACUUAAGGAUGUAUAUUUAGGUUUAUACCAGCUUUUCACAUCUAGAGGCUGAAAUUUGUUAAGCAAGUCAGAUUGGAUAGAGAGGAUCUGUGAACAUCUGUUUUUAAAUCUUGACACUGAUUCUCAAUCUGAUUUAGGUUUGACCUUUGACUAGGCCAUUCUAACACCUGAAUAUACUUUGAACUAAACGGUUCCAUUGUAGCCCUGUUUGUGUAUUUAUAGUCCACGUCCAAGUCACUUUUUCAAUUCUAAUAGUCCAGUAUUAUGGAUGAUUUCAUGUUGAAUCCCAAUGAAAUGCACUGAAGUUUGUGGGUGUAAUCAUACAAAAUCGGAAAAAAUCAAAAAGGAACAAAAACAUUUUGGUAAUAUACCUUGUGGCUGUGUGGGUUUAGUAUCUGACCUGCGGCAAACAACUGUCUGAGCAUGCUCAGUUUGUCAAUCAUAGAAUUUACCUCAUGUUCAGAAUGUGAAUAAUGUGAAUGUGAUUUAUUUAAAAGUUUAUUCACAUAAGAGAAAUAAAAAGGAAGCAAAAUAUUGAUUUAAUACAAGGAAAGAUAUGGAUUACAGCCUCAUACAUGGAUCCAGAGUGGCAUCCUGUUUAUUAAACCUGGAACAUGUUACAGUUUCUGCUCCUUUACUGUGACUCUGGACAUUUUGGACAAACUUUCCUGUCACACAUUGAGACUGAGCUAUCAUAUAAAAGACUGAAGCAAAAUGUAGAUGAUCAGUUCUAGAUUUUUGUAAUUUUGUGAAGUUUGAUGGAGCCUUUCUGAUGGAGCUGCACUUUGUAACGAAGAAAUCUGAAGAAACAAACUGCCAAAGAUCAUUUUGGAUACAUUAACUCCACCAGCAGAUGAACAUCAGGUCACUGGUUUCAGCAGGAUUUCGCAUGUAGUGUUUUAGGAGACUGAGUGGGAAUGUUUGUGGAUCAUAAGAUAGGGGGAUUGGAUUCUUGAUAUUUGGAACAACUAUUAUUGUUAUUAUUGUUUUCACUUUAUUUUAAUCAUUUCCGUGUGAAACCACCACCAAACACUGAACUCUCUUCUUCUGCUCACCAAGCUUCUCCGUGCAGCAUCUCCUCCGUCCACUGGGGGGCAGCAGAGAGGCUGCUCACUACAGUUUAUCUUCAUCACUACAGUGUGCCUGCUCUGGAUUUACUAUUUACACACCUUUGUGCUAAUUGUACACCUGUUACUGACUGAAGUCUGUAAUCAGCCUCAACAUUAGAACCACUUGGAGGAGAAAUAUUACACUUCCAGUCAGAGGAAGAUUCAAACAUUCAUAUCCUUCCAGAACCCCCACGAUCCGGCUCAAACACGACUCCUGCUCAGGAACGAUUAAAUGCUAAACAGACCGAUCCGAUCAGAGACGCCAUCUCAACAACCCUCAGGACCCGCAGCAUACACAGCCAAUGACCCACAUAUGUCUUGUUUUCAUUCUCUUUGACCUACUGAACAUUACACAAACUGGUUUUAAUCUUCUGGCUGUUUGUUGCACUGUUAUUAUUAUAAUAAAUAUAUGUAAGGAUUUUGUAAAAUUGUCAAAAAUCACUGAAGUUCUGCAUUUAAUAUUCUAUUUUAUUUGCAUUUUAAUCCAGCAGAAAUCAGUCAGUGUGAGUGAUUUGAGUAUAUUUUAUGUAUAUUAUUUACCUUAUUAGGUUGUUACUGAUGCAUUAAAGUACCCCUAAUAUGGAUAUCAA